AAAAAUAAUUGAUUAUUAUUCAUGAUUGAAUUUCUUGGUCCACAACAAUAUAGUACUAAUCCACUACCCUAUAAAUACACUUUCAAUUAAACACAAACAUUAUCUAUCAUCAAGUUUUUCUCACCCUUCAAAACAAAGUCAAAUAGUGAAUAGUCACACAUUACAACCAAAGCAAAAAUAGUAAAAAUCAAGAGUGAGAUAAAUAUAAAACAAUUUUCAAAUUAAGAGCAAUAUCAAAAUUAGCAAAGUAAUUAACGUACAGUUAGGGAGGUGAUGGUGAUGGUCGUGGCAUUGGCAAUGCCACGGCGUCACAAGACGGUGCCGGAGUCUGCAACCCUCGGCAUCCUUGCCUUUGACGCCGGCAAGACUAUGUGUCGCCUGAUCUCUCUCUACCACUCCCUCUCUGACGAAGAAAUCACCAAACUCCACCACGAUGUCAUCAAAUCCAAAGGUGUAACAUAUUUAAAUUCCAACCAAGAAAAUUUCCUCAUCAACCUCGCCGCUGCCGAACGCCUAGAGGAGCUCGACAACAUUGCUGCAACUGUCUCCCGUCUAGGCCAAAAGUGCUCUGACCUCAGCCUAGCACGAUUUGACCUUGUAUAUGCCGAUCUCAAACACGGUGUCAUUGACCUCGGGAAGCUGCAAUACAAUUCCCGGAACACCCACAAAAUCGUGGACAAAUCCGAGAAACUCAUCUCCGCAACUGCUAGUCUCCACUCUGCCAUGGAAUACUUGGCAGAGUUUGAGGCUGCGGAGAAAAAAAGACAACAACAACAACGUUAUUGGGACAUAUCAAAACCAUCUUUAAAGCAAAACUUGGAACAUUUCAACGAGAAAUUAGUGCACCAAAGAAAGCAAGUGCAACAUUUAAAGGAAACAUCGUUAUGGAAACGAACAUUCGACAAAAUCAUUGGGAUCAUGGCAAGGCUUGUGUGCAUUGUGUAUGCAAGAAUAUGCUCCGUUUUCGGCGCAUAUGUUAAUACCGAAAAGAAUGACAAAAACAGUUUCAUACGCUUCGGUUUUGGUUUCGACGAUUGUUGCCUUCUGGAACACCGCGAGUUGUAUCAUAAUACAGCUCGCAGGGUUUCAGAAUGGUACGAGGAAUCCCAUCCGAAGCGUGGUAUGAGGUGCGGGCCUAUUUCCAAAGAAGCAACAACAACUAAAACUGGUGGAAUCAGAUUUCUCAAUAAGCCUAUGCCAAUGGAUUUUGCGCCUGGUGGCGGUGAAAUUGAGAAAAUGAUGAAUGGUAAUAAUGAUAGAGUUUUGAAGAUGGCGCCUCCAUCCACUGUGGGUGGAGUUGGGCUUUCUUUGAGGUAUGCUAAUGUGAUUCUAUCGGCGGAGAGUUGUCUCCACGGGCCAACGACGGUAGGAGAUGACGCGCGUGAGGCAUUGUACGAGAUGUUACCGGGGAGGUUGAGGGUGAAGGUAAGGGCGAAGCUGAAGGGACGUUUGGCGAAGGGAAGCGAAGGAAGUGACGGGCACAAGCUUGCAGAAGGGUGGCGGGAGGCGGUGGAGGAGUUGAUGGAAUGGCUAUCACCGAUGGCCCACGACACUCUCCGGUGGCAGAAGGAGAGGCAUUUGGAAAAUACGAAAUUCGAGACAAAGCCUACGGCGAUGCUUCUGCAGACAUUGCAUUACUCUGACUUGGAGAAGGCAGAGACUGCCAUAGUAGAAGUUUUGGUUGGGUUGAGUUGUAUAUAUUGGUGUGAGAGAAGAGUGUAGUGAGAUUUAUUAUAUAUUAUUAUAUAUAUAAUUAGGAGUAAUUCCAAGGUUGUUUUAUGGUGUUAAUAUUAAGUUUAAGAUGAUUGUGCUGUGAUUAUGAGGUAGUUGAUGUAUAUUAAGAUUUUUGAAGAUUUUGUCAUAAUUGAAAUCAAGAUUACAAUAUUAUUUUAAAUCUUUGAUUGGUA